AUGCUAAAAAGGGACAUGAAGCCAGACAGCGACAGGCCACGGAAAGUCCGGUUUCGGAUUGCGUCGUCUCACAGUGGGCGAGUUCUGAAGGAGGUCUAUGAGGACGGACCCCAGGCCGCCGGCUCUCUGGAUUCUGAGUGUGCCAGUGUCUGUGGGCUAGAUGGACUAAGUGAUUUUGAGGGACAGCAAAAUGGCCACAUCGGAUCAUUGGAGGGAGAUGGGCAUGUGAAAGAUCAGGAUAACAUGCUGGUACUAGCGAGGGCUGCCAGUGAGAAGGCUUUUGGUACAAGACGAGUGAACAUUUUAAGCAAAAAUGGUACAGUCAGAGGCGUCAAAUACAAAGUGAGUGCUGGCCAGGCUCUUUUUAACAAUUUGACCAAAGUGUUACAGCAACCGUCAGCUGAACUGGAAUUUGACCGAGUGGUGAUUUAUACCACUUGCCUCCGUGUGGUAAGAACGACCUUUGAGAGAUGCGAACUAGUUAGGAAGAUCUUCCAAAACCACCGAGUGAAAUUUGAAGAGAAAAACAUAGCCCUGAAUGGUGAAUACGGAAAAGAGUUGGAUGAACGAUGCAAACGGGUUUCUGAAGCCCCUUCCCUCCCCGUAGUGUUCAUCGAUGGCCAUUAUCUUGGGGGUGCUGAGAAAAUUUUGUCAAUGAAUGAAUCAGGAGAACUACAAGACCUCUUGACCAAAAUUGAGAGAGUGCAGCACCCACAGGAGUGUCCCUCCUGCGGAGACUUUGGCUUCCUGCCCUGCUCCGUGUGCCACGGGAGCAAGAUGUCCGUGUUUCGAAACUGCUUUACGGACUCUUUCAAAGCCUUGAGGUGCACCGCUUGCAACGAGAACGGCCUUCAGCGCUGUAAAAGCUGUGCUGGCUGA